AUGGUGAACAACAGUGAUGGAGUGGCAGCUCAUGAAGAAGAACGCGGCCUACAGGAGUCUGCCGAGGCGAGCGGCAGCCCCUUAAAGCGGUUCGUGCGCAGCUGCUCGUAUAACUUGGCUUUGUAUUGCAGCUCUGUGCUGGAUGAAGAUUUUUUUAGCAAGUUGGCUGCAGAAGCUGAAAAUGAUGAGCCAGGAUCGGAUGUCUCUGACGCUGAUCCCCAGGCUGUACUUAACACGAUGGAGGACAUUGAUGACAUGGACGCAGAUCUUUUUGGAAAAAUGAAGAAAACUGGGCCGCCUGCCAGCCAGCAUUUUAAAGCAGGACCAGGGCAACUUGCACAGACUCGAGGCCCCAAGACACCUGUUCCGGCAGUGACAGAAAGCACUGCUCAAGAGAAAUCCCAAUCCUCGCCAGCACGUUUGGCUCCUGCGAAAGUGGUUGAGGACGGUCAGAAGGGAAUCUCUGGUUCACUUGCCAUUGCUGCACGUCCAUACAAGAAAUUAAGUUUUAAUGAUGAUGACCCUCUGGAUGGCCUUUUAUCGGAUGAAGAGGAAACAAAAAAUAUAAAAGAAAAAAAGCCUCUUGAGACUGAAAAGGCAAAAUCGCAGCCCAGUGAUAACAGCGCGGCAAAGAACGAGUAUAACACAGCUCCUUCACCAGCGAGUAGCAAAAGACCCGUCGGAACUUCCAAACGUUACGAUGAGAUCACAUUUGACGACGAUGGUAAUGACCUCGUGGAUGCAUUGGGCAUGUCCGACAGCCCCAAGCCAGUGAAGAAGGAAGCUAGCAGAGAAGAAGAUGACAGACGUCCGGCUCGCUCCAAGUUUGAUGAGCUCUUGGGCCGAGGCACUGCCAGCAAACUCCUGGAGAGACCUGCCACUGGAGAAAGGAAGGAUAGUGCUCAGCAGCAGAGAGCCCCAGCAGGGUCUUCCCAGGGACUAGGAGAGGAGGAGUUCACAUUCGGUUCCUACAUGCCCUCCGCUGCCUCGUCAGCUGAAGGCCGGCGGUCAGGCCCUUCCUCACGCAGAUCUGUUAGGUUUUAUGGCGACGACAACCAAAGAAAGACUGAAGAAGCAGACAUCAUGGGCGGCCUGGAUAGCGGCGGAGGCAAGCUGUCCACGUCGGCCACACCGGGCACCCCAACCACCCUGGCCACACCACCACAAACCACACAGUCAUCCCGCGGCGGGCCGUCCGACUGGCUGGGCCUCAAGGGUGACUCUUUUGAUGAUCCCAAGGAGCCAGCGUCGAAACCGAACACUCAGCUGGGCACAUCGAAGAUGGGCGGUGUCGACAAUGCUGUAGCAUUGGAACCCAUGGCUGUUACUCCCAGUGCCAUUGGCUCUAGUUCAAGAAAACUCUCCUUGUCUGACAGUAAGCCGGGUGCUACCGUUGCGGAGCAUGCUGGCGCGGGGGCAGUGAUUGGAGACGAUGAUGAGGAUUGGCUUCUGAAGAGUCUGUCCAGAAAGAAGAGCCAGGCUUCUGCAGUGGGUGACGAUAAGAAGGUUGCAGGCUUCCGUGGAUCCGGGGUAGAUGCAAGUGUCAGCAAAUCGGGUAUCACUUCCAGCUCUCAGCAUGACGACUUGCUGAUGAGUUCCUCCGCAGAAGACAGACUCGCAGCAACCCACAUACACAGAAACGAUGCAGCUGCAGCUACUCUGGUGUCCUCAUCAAGGAGGGAGCAUUUAAACGGUCAUGAUGCUCGCAUUGCAGGUCAACAAGCAGCACAUCUAAUGACACCACAAGCACAUGGACAAGCUAUACUGGGACAGGCUGUCGGUCAAAGCUUUAUUCAGACUGAUUCAUCACAGCAAGCUCAGGCCUUCACCAUAGAGCUGGAUACAAAGAUGCGAAGGCUGCAGAUGGAGCGAGACCAGCUCAAGUCUCUCCUGGACACCGUGCAGCAGAGACACAAGGAGGACAUGGACAUCUUGGAGGAAGGGCACAAGCAGCGCAUGCGGCUGCUCCAGGACUCGUGGGAGCGGCGCGAGGCGAGCCUGCGGCGGGAGCUUGAGGAGGUGGCGGGGCGCCACUCGGCUCUGCAGCGCGAAGCCGAGAGUGAGCGCACGCGGCUCGCGUCCGCGUGGCAGUACCGAGUGGCGGACGCCGAGCAGGAGGCGAUGCGGCAAGCCGAGCGACUCGCCGAGCUGCAGAGGCAUUCCAUCAUGGAGAUGAGAAGAGAUCACGAGGAACAGAUACAAAGACUCAAGAGGCUCAAGGAUCAGGAGAUUGAUGCAGUGACCAGCGCGACUUCACAGACCAGGUCCCUGAAUGGAGUGAUCGAGCAGAUGGAGUCGCUGUCGGGCCGCAUGGGCGAGCUGACGAACCGCGUAGAAAGCACGCACCACAGCAGCACGCAUGAGCUGGAGAUGGAGGCGCGGAGCAGGAAUGCGCAGCUGCACGAGCUGAAGGAUCGCUUGGACCGGCAGCACAGGGACAUGGAGGAAGAGCGAGCUCGCUUGCAGGAUGUCAUCUCCAAGAUGGAGGCUAGACUUGGCGAGCAGACGCGCCAGCUAGAGCAGGAACGCUGGAAGGUGAAGUCGGAGCAGUGUAAGAUGGAGUCGCUGCAGCGUGGGCUGGAGGAGGAGCGGAGAGUGGUGAUGCAGCAGCUCAACCUGGAGAGGGAGGAGCUCGACCGUGCCAAGACGUUGCUGUUGAAGGAGCAGGAGGCAGUGAUGGCCCGGUGCGGGGAGGAGCGCAAGCGCCUAGCGGCGGAGAGCGCCGAGGCGCAGGAAUGGCGUGCGCGCCGGGCAGACGGCGCCGAGCGAGAGGCGGCACGCAAAGCGGAACGUGACGCCCAGCGGGAAGCCGCCGUCAUCAAACUAGCACAGAGCCAGGCUGACCUGACGGUGAGAGCUGGCGAUUUGAAAUCUCGGGAAGAUCAGCUGAACAGGGAGAGGCAGGUCCUGGAGAGAGAGAGGCAGGAGCUGCAGAGAGAGAGGGAAAAGCUCAACGCUCUGGCACAGUCGUUGAAUCUUCAGGCACAAGAGCUGGACUCCAUGAUGAAGGCCUCUUCGGAGAAGUACGCGGAUGGGGAGCGGGCGCUGCGCCAGGCUCGGCACAUCGAGGGGGAGCAUCAGUCCCGCCUCGACAACAUCCACCACCAGAUGGAAGCCCUGCGCGAGCAUGAGCAGCGCGUGGUGCAGGAGAAAGCCUCGAUGGCCCAGGAACGACGAAACAUGGGCCAUCUGCCAGGAACCCCCACUCCAAAACUACACAGCAAAUAUCGACUCCGACACAUGGACACUCAUUGCAAUACGUCCCUCCCGCCCAGUACAUCUGGAGCAAACUUUCAGAGUGCUCUCGUGCAGUCCCUCACAUCCUCUGCUGCAGCUGAGCUGCAUGCAAAGCUCACACUUUUCAAGCACACAGCCAGUCAGGAUCGCGACUUCCUGGAAGACGAGGAACAUUUCCUGCGCAGCCUGAAGAAGUCUUCCAACCAGUCCUCACUCUCCUUUGCCUGAUCCUCACCAGGAGCUGUCACUGCGUGCUCCGUACAGUACCACCACACAGCUGAGCACCCAACGACUUGUUAUGUUUAACGUGCGGGAAAGUCUCACCCGUAUUAAGCUCCGUUUAUUAGAUUCCCGCUUUCCCCGUAGAAGUUAACAACUUUUUUGCAUCAGUCUUUAGGAAGCCAGAAUGAGCAGGGCUAUUUUAGGAAACUCUAAAAUGUGCCCCCCAUUGAUAGGAACGUGAGUGCAGCAUUCGCUCCGUGAAACGUAAUGGUUUGCUAUAGGCAAGGGAAAACCAUGUACAGAGGUCAGUAAUAGGAGACAAGGGUGUAGGGGCGAAUGCUAUAAUUUGUUUUUAUACAGAUUUACAAUGCGGGGAUUAACAUGAGACCGAAGCAAUCACCCAAAUAGAUGUGUCACUUUGAUCAGUCUAAUGUAUUUUUUGUUAUAACUAAACCCUAAUUUCCUAAAAUUCCAGUCCUCGCAACCUUCCGCGUUAAAAUACAUUCCUGUUGCACAUUGCUUAUCACGGAUGAGAGAUAACAUAUUGCAAAUUCUGUAGAGGGCAUAUUCAAAUGAUGUGCUGCGUGAAAAGACUUCGUAUUUGAAUCGCGGCUAUUGGUGAACAAUAGACGUCGUGGUGGGUAGCGAGGACUAAAGUUUGGACAACUGCAGUAUACACUAGGAAAUUAUGCCAAUGUUAAAUCUUUUAAAUGCUAACUUGUAAAGGUUUGUAUUCAAAUUCAGCAAAUCCACACAAUUGUUUUU